AUGGAUUUCAGAGACGCCGGUGAAACUCAAUCAAAGUACAAAGGAAUCCGUCGCCGGAAAUGGGGCAAAUGGGUAUCGGAGAUUCGAGUUCCGGGAACUCGGGACCGUCUCUGGUUAGGCUCAUUCUCCACCGCGGAAGGCGCCGCCGUAGCACACGACGUUGCUUUCUUCUGCUUACACCAACCCAACUCACUCGAGUCCCUCAAUUUCCCACAGUUGCUUCCUCCUUCAAUCGCUUCGAAAACUUCCCCGAGAUCCAUCCAGCACGCUGCUUCCAAUGCCGGAAUGGCCGUUGACGCCGGAAUCGUCCACAGUAAAACCGGUGGCGUUUUCACGUCCGGGUACGGCGAUACGACGACGUACUGUGACAACGGAGGUGAAAAAGUCCUGGAGCCGUUGAAUAUUUCAGUCUACGAUUAUCUGGACGGUCACGAUCACGUUUGA